AUUUUUUAGUAUAUUUCUGAUAGCCAGGCGGUAAUUUCGAUGACAACUUUCCUGCGGCCACACUAGUCCGAUUCUGAAAGGAAAUAUCUUAAAUUAUUUUGAGUAGCGUGAAUAUAUUUCGAAUAAACGAUCACAAUGACUGCCUGGAGAGCUGCCGGACUUACCUACAUCCAAUACUCCAACAUCGCCGCCCGCGUCCUGCGCGAGUCCCUGAAGGGACCCCUGCGCACCGAUGCCGCCAAGCGCGACGCGAGUCAUGUGAAGUUCACUCCCUGGGCCAACGGCAGGCCAGCCCAUGAAAGGGCUUAGGUGUUCUGUCGCCAAUUAAAUAAGUUAAAAACUGUCAGCGCCAAACCACCCAGUCGGAGUCCUAGAUGCCUAGCAGUGGUCCUCCCAGCACGAUCUGCAACAACUAACAUCCACCAUCGUUGCCACGUUGUGAAACCAUCGAGUGCGAAAACAAUUUAAAUAAACUUCAAUUAUUUGAA